AUGCUUUGGGUUUUAAAUUCUUUUGUUGGUUCAGAAGGAUUCGUUUAUGGUUUAGGUGGUUUUUUGUGUCGUUUUGGAAAUAAAUUGACCAUUAAAGAUGCUAUUGAUUAUGUGGCGGCUUUGUGGAAUAAAGUUGAUAAGUUAACAAUGGCAAAUUGUUGGACAAAGACUGGUAUUUUGCCGAUGGUACUGGAUGAUAAUGUUGAACUUUCGCAUAAUACAUAUUUAGAAACAAUUGAGUCUGAAGAAAAUGAAAUACAUGAAUUAGUUAAUAAUUCCUAUAUUUCUACAGAAGAAGUACUUGAUGACAAUCAAAUUAUUAAAACUAUAUUAGCGGAGCAAUUAGAAUAUAAGCAAGGUGAUCCAGAUGACUCCAAUGAAGAGCCAUCAAAAAUUUCUUCUACUGAAGGAUUAAAUGAGUUUUAA